AUGCGACUUGUUGGGUAUAUCUAUGACGCACGGGGAUGGUCCAUCGAGUUAGAAGAUCAAGUAAACUCCAGUUUCUCACAUAUACCCUCAGGAGAUCCUACUGUGGUCCAGUGCCGACUUUUAUACUCCAUAGCACUGUUCUGGUAUGAAAAGCGAACCGAGGCCAAAUUGCAAGUGGACGCUGCUAUUUGGCUAGCCACUGAAUGUAAGUUGUUUGAGCAAAACUCUGCAUUGAAAUAUGGGGCCGGUGAUCCCGUUUUGCAGGAAUGCUGGAGGCGAACGUGGUGGAUGCUCUACAUUGUGGACGCAUAUUAUGCGGGGACUUUGGGGACUAUGAAUUUGAAGGCCUUCGCUAUUGAGUCUACGGUCGACUUGCCCUGCGAAGAGUCAGAAUACGAGUCGGGGGAUAUUCCAGAGCCUAAAACCCAGGACGAGUUUGACAGCCGUGAAUUUGCCCCCGAUGAUACCGCAUUUUCAUCGUUCGCAUAUUUAAUCGGUGCCGUACGGUGUGCGGCUUUGGCAAUAUCCACAGUGCCAAAAGUUGCGAACAAAGACGACUCGAUACAAACGAUCCAGGCUGCGGACUCGGCCCUGGGUGGAUGGUUACUCUUACUACCCAAGAUAGAUAAACAAGUUAUGAACAAGACCGGAGAAAUUGAUGAGUUGAUGUUUCAGGCGCACCUCGUCAUACAUGUCGCCACCAUUGGCUUACACCGGCCGUUUUCAGAUCUUAAAUUUAGUCGCGCAGAGGCUAUCUCUAGCUGUGCCCGCGAGCCACCCCUCGACACUCUAACAACAGAUCUCACGAAUGUGCACACAAUCCGAGUUCUCCGGUCCGCAGAGGCACAGAUCAGACUUCUAGCAUUACCAGCUUUGUAUUUUCACCAUACUCCAUUUACGACCUGCAUGCAGUGGAAGUUGCUCAAGUGA